AUGAGCAACCGGCCGAACAUGCUUAUUAACCUUCCCCCACCUCCCUCAGAUCCUACCACUCCCAACGAGCAAGGUCCAGGCACUCCAAAUUCUACUACUACUUCCUUGUCGGCGCUUUCAGUCGUCGCAAUCAAAGAUGGUGCCAUGGGUCAUGGUCAUGGCGGUCGAGGCACAACGCAAUCAGCAAACACCCUCGAGGCAGAACGCGCCGAUCGAAUAUCUAGACUGGCUGGCUUGGAAAGAGUAGCUACUGUACGGUCUACUCCAUCCGGGCAUCUGAUUCCUGGAGCAGGGCCUGCGCAACAACAAUAUAUGAAGGAAAUCUCCACGGUUGGCAGUGCGAGCGCUACCGGUAGUGUAGGAGGCAAGACGACUUGGGCGAGUCAAAGCAUGGAUUACGACGAUGCAGACAAGAUGAGCGAAGAUCAGGAACCGGAUGAUGGAGUUUCGAGUGUAGGCGGCUUCAGCGAUGAGGACAAAGCAAGCCUGGUUGGUUUCGGAGAGGGUGCAGGAAGUACAGUCUCUGGGCCAGUCAACACAGCGCAUGCUCGAGCAAUGGCGGCACGGCAUGGAAUUAACAGUUCUGUCUUGCCAAGGACGCAGAGCAUGCAAGGCCAAUCUGCUUCAGGAGGUAGCACGCCUAUGAGUGGUGUUGAACGAACAGUUAGCAGCACAGUGGGAGGUGGCCCUGACCCAAGGAUGAUGGACGGCAUGAGCUACGACCAAGGUAUUGUCGACACCACUGAUUCCGCGCCUUCCUUUAUCGAACGACCAUAUCCAGGUAGUCGGUUUAGUGGUAUGGGAACCGAGGUGGCAGAGACCGUGAUGCGGGACAGGCUAGACGACAGAGAUCCAAGAGGUAUGGCUACGCCUCCGGACAAUCAAUCGCUUGGGAGAUUCACCUUUGAGAAGGAGUGA